GGUUCGACCGAUUCUUUGCAAAGAUCCGGUUCAUUCACAAGCAAACGGACCCCAGCAGCAGAAUGACAACACGCGCAGUGGAAUGUUGCGACUUAAAUGUGGCUGAAACGCGAAGACGCGAUGAUUCUGAAAGAAACAGUUAAAAUCUCCGCCUCUGUCUGUUAACUCGGGAAUGGACAAAGCCAACCCAAACAAAAGGAAUAAACCUCCAGCGCUGAUGGACUUUCCCAUCUUUUAAAGCCCGUGUUGGACAUGAACACUUCACCAAGGCUAACGUUAACGAGCAGCAGCCUCAUGCGAAAGGAAGUAAACGGACAAUAAAAGAGGGAGGAUAACGUUAACGUUAGUCCAAUAGUGAAGCAUGCAUGAACCUUGAUGUGGAGCUGCUAACGGCUGGAUUAGGACUAUUUAUUUACAAAAGGCAACUCUUUUUUAUUAUUAAAGCCACCAGCCGAACUGCAAGGGACGCGCCUGAGUUGAAAACAAGUAAGACUGAAGACAAUCUGAGGCUGUGAGACCCAAGUGCCUCUAGCACUACUGCUCCGCCACCCCCAGCUGUGACUCGUUCGGCACGACGUCACAAAUGCGACCAUGGGAAAUAGCUGUGAAUAGGCGGCCGCCAACAGCCCCCUUAAACCAGAGGAGGUUCCUCGGGGAGCCCUGCAACACGCCUGUGCACCUCAGGAGAAGUUGCUUGGGAAACAGGCUCCUUAGACAACUGAGUCCUCCAGUGCGACGGCAGUGGGGACAGCGAGACAGACCUGUUUUGCACGGUUCCCUACGGCAGGAUGAGACCUUUCACCAUCCUGUGUUCUCGCAGCAGCAUCAGCACGUUCCUCUAGAGGAGUCAAGGCAGUACAGCCACGCCAGCGCACCACCACGCAUGCUCCAUCCAGCCACGCACCCGCCUCAGCAAAGCUCCAUCAUGGUGGAUCUUCACGAACAGAUGCAUCAAGGAUCAGUUCCAAUAUCUUACACAGUAACCACGGUGACGACCCACGGUUUUCCCAUCCACACGGGGCAACCGAUCCCAGCGUGCAACGCCCAGCAGCUCCCAGCAUGCUCGCUAAUUCAGGCAUGUACCAUGCAGCACUUGCCAGUGUCUUACCAAGCCUUUCCGCCACUGAUCUCCAGCGAGCACUUCAUUCUGCACCCUAGUCCUCCAGUGCCGCCUCACCAGCCCCCUCACCUGGCCCCUCUGAGCCAGUUCGUCCCCCUGCAGCCACAGCACCCACGGAUGCCUCUGCAGAGAGUGGAGAAUGAAGUGGACCUGAGAGGAGACCAGCAUCCUUUGGGAACAUUCUCUUACCCUCCUGCCCAUCACCCACCAGCAGCCAUGCCCCCCUCUGUGCCCCUCCAGUACCUCCCUCAAGAACCCCUCCACCAAGAGCUGCCCUUCGGAGUGCCAUAUGCACAUGUGCUGCCCAGGCGCGGGAGUGGCCAGAGAUACCGGUUACAGCAGCCUUUGCCGCCACCACCCCCACCUCCACCUUACUACCCUGGCUUCCUACCUUACUUCCUUUCAAUGCUUCCUGUGCCUCCGACUGCUGUGGGCCCGGCCAUCAGCUUGGAUCUGGACGUGGAUGAUGUGGAGAUGGAGAAUUAUGAGGCGUUACUAAACCUUGCUGAACGGCUCGGGGAGGCUAAACCUCGUGGACUGACAAAAGCUGACAUAGAACAGCUUCCAUCCUACAGGUUCAAUUCAGAAAAUCACCAAUCUGAACAAACUUUGUGUGUUGUGUGCUUUAGUGAUUUUGAGUCAAGGCAGCUACUUCGAGUAUUACCCUGUAAUCACGAGUUUCAUGCAAAGUGUGUGGACAAAUGGUUAAAGACCAAUCGCACUUGUCCGAUCUGCCGCGCGGACGCGUCUGAAGUUCACCGGGACGUGGAGUGAGUCCAGGCCUUCGUCCUUCACUGGAAAACAGCACAAACCUUGGAGUGUGUCGUGCGAGCAGGCACACACACCAUGCCACCCGACCCCGUGCUCUCCAGCCAAAUGCAAAAGCAUCUCCCACCCGCCCGCCCACCCCCAACUUUCGACAAAUAAGCAAUCUUGGAAUUUGUACGGAAACCUGUUAGACCUCUGCUGUGCAUCAUUGUGUGAGUUUUCAUGAAAGCUACUGCCGCUUACAAACUCCACCCCCUUUAGAGUUCUGCAGUUGUGACCCUUUUUCAUUUCUUUCUCUGCCCUCGUUUUCGCAGAUUCCAAAGAUAACCUGUAAUACGUGUUGUGUUGGCAUCUUUGUUUACACGAUUGAAUAUUCUCUAGUUGUUUGAUCACCGAUAAUUCAAGUUGUGCUUUAGUGGUGUUGAGGGAGAUCGGGAGAGGACCUGGACGGUGGUUGGGUUUGAUGACGUUGUGCAAUCAGACAAAGCGGGCGAGAAAAGCAAAGGAAAAAAAAAAAGGUGGUUUGUCCAUAAAGACACCAUAAGGAAACGUUUCGACCAUCAUAAGAUGCAUGUUUGUAUAGGUGAUGGGCUCAAGUGACUUGUUAAUAAUGUAUGUUUUGCAAUAAUGUAUUGAUGAUUUCAAUAUCUUUAUCCCGACUCUUUUUAACCUGCGAAUGUUAAUGUGAAAGUAUGACUUGCAGUGGAGGCCUGAGGUAAAAGAAGAAGAAGAAGAAGAAAAAAACAGUACUGCAGACAUGACCGGAUGUGUGCGUGUAUGGGGAAUCCACGCGGUGAGAGAGACACUGAGGGGACACGUGCUCUUUUGAGACGGACUCUAGGCCUCAUCGCUGUGGACUUUUGCACUGUUGCUUGCGCUGGAAAGGUCGCCGCGCGGCCCAGGAGAAACACAGACGCCGCCGCGCCUCUGACCUUUUUGACCUUUUUAAACCCCCCUCUGACCUCCAGCCGCCUCCCUCCAGGGUGUGCUGCACAAAAGUCCCACCCCCUCCCCCCACGCCCCACCCCCUCCACUGCCGACAGGCCCCACGGCCCUCUGGGAAAGCCUCCUGACCUCCACCCAUCACUCUAGCUCUCUGGCUCUCUCCAGGAGAACUCACCGCAGGCCUUUGCACGGACUGUUUCUUUUUAGGUUAGCAAUAUUUUUUUAAUUGACAAAAAGCUCCACCGCAUUUCAGCAGUUUUUUAACGACCCAGGUCCGGCGGGAAAAAAAGAGGAGAGAGAAAGAGAGAACGAGGGUCGACCUCAGCACCGGUCGGCCAUGGAGGUGUUGGUCAUACAUCGACGUCCAUAGAGCAAAACGACUUUGGAGAACCCCCUUUUUUGCAGAAAGCAAUAUGUGCAAUGAGUGAAUGAAACAUUUUACAUUUUUAGUCCUUUUCAGUUUUUGGUUUAGUUGUUUUUCGUGUUCUUUUUCUUUUUUUUGGAGGACCAGGCUUUUUCCUCGUUUGUGAGCCAAAUAUUCAAUAUACUCUACAAGAAUUCAGCUCUGCCUUCUUCAAGACCUUUUGACAAGCACAAACCUGUUACUAAUCUUAAAAGAGAAGCCGUAGUCGGUUUAACGUGUGCGGUUUAAACAAAA